AGAAUCUAAAGUAGUUAAAUGUGAAUAAGCAAUGAGGCUUCUUAUCCUAUCCGCUUUUUUAUCUAUAACUGCAGGCCUUCAUGAAGGUUCCUUUAUCCCUCCGUAUCAAGAGGGCGAACCAUUAGCAAUGUCGGUGGUAUCUCUUGAUCCAGCAGACUUUCGUGGAGAAGAUGUCUACAGGAUAGAGUUUGAUCUGCUCAUCAAGAGCGGGGACAUUGAGCCUGGUAUGAUCCAUAGAUCUUUAGCAGAUUUUCAGAAGUUUGAUGACAUGCUUCACUCGAGGUUCAUCACCUUUGAGAAUGUUAGUGAUGUUGUCUUCCCUGAAAAUCCAGAUAUAGCCACAUUAAAUGAUUAUCUACAAACUGCUAUUGCUCACCAAGAAGUAUUUGAAUCAACUGAGCUUCAGGAUUUUUUGGGAAUUAACUGGUCUGGAUUUGAUCUUAAGUUUAUGGAAUCUCUCCCCGAGUUUAUGAAAAUUGUCAUCCCACAACUUUACAGAGCUCCUGAAUUUGCUCCUGAGCCUCCAAUUUUCUCGUGUGAAGAAGAUUCUAUUACAGCUCCAGAAACCCCAUUUGAGGUUUACACAUACUUGCAAGCAUUCAGAGCAAGAGGAAACCUAGAAGAGUAUCUAACUUUUUUCAACACAUUUGUGAGUACUUAUCCUGCAUUUGCUGGAUUAGAAGAUGAUUCAGAUGUUCAACCUGCCGGAGUGUCUGUUAACAUUCCUUCCCAUUUCAACCAGACGUAUGUACACUUUUUACCUGGGGGUUACCUUAAUGGACACACUGUUAGAAUCUCUUACUUGGGAAGAUCAAAGUUUAACUUCCUCCAUGAGGAUCUAUUGACCGAAUGGCUUAUCAAGCUGCAUGGAGAUAAGAAGCCCAAGAGAAUUUUAGACAUUGGAACAGGACCUGGGUUUUCAGCAUUUGUUCUAGCCAAGCUCUUCCCUGAUGCAGAGGUUAUUGCUGUUGAUCUUGCGGCUCCGUACAUCAGAAUGGCAAGACAAUGGCAGUCCUUGAGAAAUAUGAGUAACAUUGAGUUUUAUCAUGCUAAUGCGGAAGACCUAUCCUGGCUGGAAUCUGAAUCUUUUGACUUUAUCAACUAUGCCUAUGUACUGCAUGAAAUGCCAGCAGAGAACGCCCUCAGAAUCAUUUCAGAAAUGUACCGGCUCACAGCUCCCGGAGGAACCAUGAAUGGAUUUGAGGUUCCUUACCCUGAUAACAUUGUUGAGAGACUUGCUCUAGUAGAGUUCAAUACCUGGGGACAUGUCUGGGAUGCCCCUGGAGAAAAAGGACCUGAACCCUACAUGAUGGAGUAUGAAUUUGGUACCAUGAUCACACAAGCACUGGAUGCUGUUGGAUACAAAGAUAUAGAAAUUGUUGAGUACUCCUACUUUGAGAGUGUUUUCAUUGCUACCAAGAACUAGAAAAAAAAUGAUUUGGAGUGGGUAAAUGAAGUUUCCUUCUGAUAAAUAAUUGUUACAAAUAUUUAUAGUGCAUGUCAUUGUAUCAAUGUAACAUAUGUCUUUAUUUAAUAAAUUUUAUAGAACAUA